UUUCUGCAUUGUAAGAGUGAAACACGAGAUGUUAAACUGUUGCUAUUUUGAUUCAUAUACUAGCUUAGCCAAAUACGAAUCUACGUUCUGCUCCAGGUUUCUAUGUAAUCGUGCACGAUGGCUUGAGUCUGAAUGUAAACAACGAACUUUACCACCAACGACAUAAAGGUGUUGAUUCCAAUGGAUUUACACUCAUUCUCUGCCACAGAUGUUUCAGGAUGCAAAUAUGGACCCUGAGCUGAUCCCUUCCAGAAUAAUGUUCACUGCUACAGGUAUAUCUAGCAAAUGGAUUGCGAUUAUUUGAUGCUCAAAAAGACCAGUGGAAUGCAGGUUGCAGAGGUAGAGAUCAGCUCUUGGUUAACUGAUUCUGGGACAUGAAUGAAUUCCUGAUUAUGCUAUUUCACUUUGUUUAUUACUAAUGUCCUUGCUCUAAGGUAUGAACACCACAAAUUCAAAUUCUUUCCUGUUUGGAGUCAUUAGGGCUAAUCCUACAUCUGCUAGAAUACAGCAAACAAGUGUAACUUAACGAUAAUAUGUUCAACAUGAAGCUAAUCACUUAUUUAUGGAUAUGACCACCACUACUCAAAAAUAUAGUUUUGAAAUUUGUUUUACUUGUGUUUAUUAUUAAUUUUGUAUUUUUCAAAGAAUUCAGUUUAUUGGAGUGUAACAGUUCAAAUGUACAGUUGUUGUUAAUUGUAAAUAUGACUGUAAGUAUGGAUCUCGCGGAUAUUUUAACUGCUUAUACAUCUGUGAUUUCUGUCACAGAACCUCCCAAAGAUUUUUACCCUCAAGAACUCAAUGACAACAAUAUUAACAAUCCUACUGCCACCACCACUACCACCACCACAAACAACAACAACAACUGCAACAGUGAUAUUUGUAAUAUUCAAACCAUUGAAAAUAACAACGUUGGUGGUGAUUUCACACAAAUUAGGGAUAUCCAGGAAAGACUAACAAACACCAACAACAAUGAGGAAAAAAUGCCACUUUGUGAAAUUUGUGGCAAGUAUUUUCUUAAUUUACAAGAACAUCUUAAAAUUCAUGUGACCAAGAAGUCAUUUGUUUGUGAAAUUUGUGGGAAAUCUUUUGCUCAAAACAACAAAUUAUUGGAACACAACAGAAUUCACACUGGGGAAAAACCAUUCCAGUGCGAUGUGUGUGGCAUGCAUUUUGCCAGGAAUUAUGAUAUGAAACGACACACAAAAAUCCAUAGUGGUGAAAAACCGUUUAGUUGUCAUAUUUGUGGGAGACAUUUCGGUCGUAGUAGCCAGAUUCGGGAACACAUGCUAACACACACAGGUGAAAAGCCAUUUAAAUGUGAAACCUGUGGAAAAUGUUUUUCCCGCAAUAGCCAAUUGCAACAACACCAGAAUACUCAUUCAAGUACAAAAUUAUUUUCUUGUAAAAUCUGUGAGAAAUCUUUCUCAUGCAAAAGCUCCUUAAAUAAACAUCAACAUAUUCAUUUAGCUGAGAAACCUUUUCAGUGUGAUGUUUGCGGAAAGCAAUUUCUGAGAAAUGAUGAAAAAAUUAGACACUCUCAAAUACACUCUGAAAAUAAACAAUUAAACUGUAAUGUUUGUUGGACAUCAUUUCAGGAAAACUCACAAUUACAGGAGCAUUUGAAAACCCAUCUUAGCGAGAAACUAUUGGAGUGUAAAAUGUGUGGGAAAUAUUUUGCAAAAGGCAGUAAACUACAAGAACAUACAAGAACACACACUGGUGAAAAACCGUUCCCUUGUAAUGUCUGUGGAAAGCACUUUGCCCGCAGUUAUGACAGGAAAAGGCACACGAGGAUUCAUACUGGGGAAAAACCGUUUGGUUGUGAGAUCUGUGGUAAGCGAUUCAGUCGAAGUACUCAGAUUCGUGAGCAUAUAUGGGUACACACGGGUGAAAAACCAUUCAGCUGUGAAACUUGUGGACGAUCUUUUACUCAGAGUAGCAAAUUGAAUGAACACUUACGAAUGCAUACUGAGGAAGUGCUGUUUCAAUGUUCAGUUUGUAAUGAGAACUUCAAUCAGGAUAAUAUUUUGCAAGAACACAUUAAAAGUCACAUGGAUGAGAAACUGACUACCUGUGAGGAGGAAGAACACAGGGAACCUUUAGCUAUAGACAAUAAAUUAAAAGAUUGUAGACAGAAAUUAUUCCCAUGUGAGGUAUGUGAUAAGUCCUUCCAAGAGAAUGAUUUGCUGGAGAAACAUCUAACAACAAUCCAUAUUGGAGAGAAAUCAUUUGACUGUGAUAUGUGUGGAAAGUCUUUUGUUCAAACUAACCAAAUGCCAGCAUAUCAGGGUGUGGAAAUGGCUGAGAAGCUAUUCAGCUGUGAGAUUCGUAGCUCUUAUAUUGAAAGCAAUGAAUUGAAGAAGCACAGCCAAUUACACAGUGAAGAAAGACCAUUUCCUUGUGAUGUAUGUGGAAAGCUAUUCCACCAAAGCGUUCAGUUGAAAAGACAUUUGAAAAUACAUUCUGGGGAAAAGCCAUUUAGCUGUGAUGUCUGUGAGAAAAAAUUUGGCCGAAGGUGCCAAUUGCGUGAACAUAUGAAGACACAUACCAGUGAGAAAUCGUUUAAAUGUGAUACAUGUGGCAAAGGUUUCUCACGCAGCUGUAAACUUCAAGAACACAACCGAAUACACUCAGGAGAGAAACCAUUUCAGUGUUAUAUUUGUGGUAAUUUCUUUGCCCGAAACUAUGACAUGAAACGCCAUAUCAGGACACAUACUGGGGAGAAACCGUUCAGCUGUAACACAUGUGGAAAGAAGUUUAGUCGGAGCAGCCAGAUGCUGGAGCACACCAAGACACACUCUGGUGUGAAGCCUUUCAGAUGCAGUGACUGUGGGAAGUGUUUUGCACGUUCUAGCCAGAUGCAGGAACAUCAUCGAAUGCACACAGGGGAGAAACCAUUCCCUUGCGAUAUUUGUAUAAAAUCCUUUGCACGAAGCAGUACAUUGAAGAAACACAAAAAAACACACAAAUAAGAAACAAAUUAUAUAUACAUAUAUGAUAUAAUAAAUAUAUUUCUAUGUAUCCAAUGUAAACAUUAACACUUAAUAGUCAAGAGAUAAACAAAAACUAAGGUAAACAUUACAUAGUAAUUUUUUAACUGCAUAUAUCUUAUGUAUUUAAUAACCAGGGUCAUGUUAAUGACUUUGAAAUGCAUUUGUUCAGCUAUUUUGACUAACAGGCAUAGUUGUGUGUUGAAGAAACUUGCUUCACAACUAUGUGGCUUUGGGUUCAAUCCCACUGCUUGGCACUGUGAACAGGUGUCUCCCACAAUAAUUAAAGGUCAGCCAAAGCCUUCUGAGUAAAAUUUAGCAGAUGGAAAUUGUAGAAACCCAUGGAAAGGACUGUUCCAUGUUUACUUCACGCCUCUGUUGGCACACUUUACUAUGUGCCUAAGACAUCAUGGUUUCAAACACUUAGAAUUAAUAACAUGGGGACUACACACCAGACUUGUGAACAUCAAAUGUUAUUUGAUACCACAACAGCAAGUUAUGAAAUACACAAGUUAUUGAGUAUUGCAACAUGUUAUUGCAUACUUAAUUUUUUUUUUUAUGAAAGACAUCUUCAUUUGAAAUGAUUUUGUUUAGGAAUCUUCUAUGAGAUUUAUAUGUUGAUUGUUUUGACUGAGACCCCACUCCAUAUUGAUAUCUCUGACUUCACUUCACAGCAGACUGAGUGUAACACUUCCUGUUAGUGUUACUAAAAUAUCAUUCCAGUGUGACUGCAACACCACUCCACAUCAGUCUACAUUGGUUUGAUUACAUCACCACUCCUAAUCAGUAUCACUUCAUCAUAACCCUAUCAUAUUGUUUAUAACUCCACUUCACAUCAAUGACUUCAUCAGUUUAUCAGUGAUAUACCAGUUCCCUGAUGUUUUUUUUCUUACUUCACUUCAUCUCCGUUUGUCACACCAUGUCCCCAUAUACCUGUCACUCGAUCUGUCUGUCUACAUAGAUAUACUGAGCCAUUCAAAUCAAACUAAGUGUGUGUGUGUGUGUCAUCAUCAUCAUCAUCAUUUAGCGUCCGUUCUCCAUGCUAGCAUGGGUUGGACGGUUCAACUGGGGUCUGUGAAGCUGGAAGGCUUCAUCAGGCCCAGUCAGAUCUGGCAGUGUUUCUACGGCUGGAUGCCCUUAUAUAUAUAUAUAUAUAUAUACACACACACAUACUGAGUCAUUCAAAUCAAACUAACACUGUAUGAUAUUGUUACAACAUGAUAUCACGUUUUUAAUUUGAAUUACAGAAACACUAAUCAGAUUUUUUUUAAAGUGUCACACGUGACUUUUUUUACAUAGAACUGGUCAUCUAUUUAAAGGAAUCAAUAAAAAUACUUAAGCCUGAA